CAAAAAGCACCCCGGGAGUAUUCCUAGUACAAGGCCUGUCUUUUCUUUAGUCACUGAACAAAGUUGAUGUUGGCUGUGGCAAGCACCCAAAAGUACCUCACUAGCUAGGUUGUCUGUCAUAUGGUGACAUUAGGCAUGCUCAGUAUUGGGUUGUUCGUCUAACGAACGUCACAUUGCACUCCAAAUGACCAUGGCUUUCUCUCCCUCACAGACUGCAACUACCCCUCAACUUUCACGUCUUCCUAUCAUGUCCUCUUUUACUCUCGUGGGACGGGUCUGUGGUGGACCUGAUAUCAAUCUCCACCUCCAAGGUGAGCGCAAGAAGAGCUUCUUGCCAGCAGCAUCGCGGAUGGGGUAUGGUUCGUCAAGCAGCAGCACUGCCGCAUCCAACUUCUCAUUAAGUACGACCCAUUCUACUCAGCCUGGCCACGUUAUAGAGUUCUUAUCCCGGUUUCCAUAUUUGGCUGGUCUGCAUCUGGGCCUGCAACUUGAUGCUAGUCUUCUACUUGGGGUAUAUACCUACGCAAUGAACUAGGUUGUCUGCCUAUGUCAAUCUUUCGACUUCUUGGAUAUAAAGAUCUUGCCACACGCACAGCCUGACCACACCAAUUCAUCGUCUGGGUGGUAUCAACCUGCCUCCAACUUAUAUUAUCGCGUUGCUUCUUUCAUGUCCAACCCUCCAACAACAGGUCUGAGACAUCUCAACCUCUACGGCAUGGCUCCCACCACAAGAGCACAGGCUAUACGUCGCCUUGCUGAGGCUGGGGCACUGGCAGGUGAGUACUCUGAUACUAGCGAUUCGGACAGUGACUUUGAGGGCGAAGAUCCAGAUCAGAUAGUUCGCUCCCCUUUCACCGGCCUGCUCUACGACAUCAGCCGGCUGCCAACUCAAGACUCAAGCCAGGGCGCCAGCCAUAGCUUCGCCGUGGAUGACCAAUUGGGUCAGGACCGUGAUGCACAAGGGCAUAUUAGGGAGCUCUUUAGCGAGUUGCGUUGGCAUGAGACACCGCCAGUCAGCCUCCACUUUACAGGCGUUGAUGGAGGCCAUCAGUUUUAUGCCUUUCAACUUAGAGAGUUCACUCCGCUAUCCAUUCGUAUCGGCACUCCAGACAGCAAGUGGCCGGGGCCGCAGUGUAUCUGCAAAAACCGCAAGCCUUGCCAGCAUCUACUAUGGCUAUAUGACGCCAUCGCAAAGCUCACCCUAUACGGACAUGACCAGGCAGAGCCUCUCAAGGUCGAGGCUGAUGGCUCUAUCCCUGCGCUUGGAGAUCUCUUCCAGAGAAUUGCCGACUACCGUCUCAACCUGCUGACCGACGGCUUACACUCGGCCGUCGGGAGUUCCGAGGCAUAUCGCGCCCCGCCUUGGGUCAGGGUCGAUGAAGUCAACCAGAUACUGUUGGCCUUCGACGAGACUGACGACGAGGAGCAAAGCAAUAGCAGCAAGAACAACAGGCGGCAGCAGAAAUUUGGAACAUCGCACACUGCCGGCGAAAAGCGCAACCUACGCGAAACCGUGCGGGCGCUUCUCGAGCGCAACAACGAAGUCUUUUCCAUCUUUCUCAACCUGCUCUCCCCGCGCGAGCGGGCACGCAACCCCUACGCGCGCCUGCAGGCUCGCGUCGACCGCAUCCUGCACGAGCUGGACCGCUACUCCGAGUCGCUGUCGGACCGGGAUGCGGCGAGACAGCGGGUCGCGAUGGGUGCGGACCUCGAGGGCACCUGUGACGUCGCGUGGGCGGCCAGGCACGUCCUGGGCGCGGUGGGGCAGGUCAAGAGCGAGCUCCUCCGAGGCGAAGGGGCCCAGGAGUGGGAGAGGGGCGACGCGGCGCGAGCCCUGGUCUACAUACUCCGCAAGGUCGUGUUUGAGCAAGACGAGGACAAGCAUGGCGGCGCUGCCGCCGAGGAUAGGAAUCUGUACGCCAGGCUCGUCGGCGGGCGGGCCACUUCUGGGUUUGUGGUGGAGGUGCUGGAGUUGAUUCCGGAUCAGACGCAAUACAUCGACGAGUUGGAAGACGUCAAGAGGGAAAUCAGGGCGAAACGGCGCGUGAACAAGACAUGGUUUGGAAAACUGGAGCAGGUCAUCCGGCUGAUGAGAGAGAGCGUCGUGCGUGAGGACGACAAGGAAAAAGGCAGGGCUGUCGGCGGCGGUUCCUACCAUCCCUUGUCGAGAUCUGGCGCCGGCGUUGGAUCCAGUGCGAGAUCCAGCCUCAGUGCAGGCUCCAAGCGGCGGUGGGAGGACGACUGAGCUAGUCAGGGCAGGCCUUUGACCCGAUUUGUCUUUGAAGAUGAUUGCUGCGUGUUUAUUCGACUGCCUUGCGCCUCCCACUGGUUGGGGUGCAGGGGUAGUGGAGGUAUUAUUAUAUUUUUCUUGAAGCGGGAACGACUAGACUAAAGCAUGCAAUAGACCGGCGGGACCGACCUUCUCGCUAUUUCCUUGGAGUAUCUUCGAAAAAGCUUCUUUUUCAAGGUAAACAUGGAGAUGAAGAAACAUCCCAACUCUUGCCACUUUCAAA